AUGACAAUAGAUAUGCUCAUAAAUGACAUUAACAUGAAUCCAAAAGGUGCUGAGAAGCCAAUAGUUGCUAUGAAGACUUUAGGGGCUGGACAUAAGAAUAAGGUGACAAAGACCCAAGACAAGAAACAAGAAAGGAAGUGGAGACUAUUGAAGACUAGAAGAUUCAAAGUGCAUAAGGAAAUUUAUGAGAAGAAAAGGUUUAGGAAAGGGAAAGAGAUGAUGGUGCUUCUUAAGAAAUUGAGGAACUCCAAUGGAAAUGAGGAUAGAGAAGUGCAGGUUAGGCCUUCGAGCUUAGAAAACCAUAUGCAUCUACAAUCUCAAGAUUCAACAGUCCAUUAG